ACUGUACUUUUUGGUGUAACAGUGACCUCUACGGGUGCCAGGUGCUGGUGGGAACAGAUUUCAGCUCUAACCUGUAGUACUUGGGGGGUUUUUGCUGACUCUAAGCAUCGCCUCAGAGCAGAGAGAGACACACAGAGAGAAAGAGAAGCAGAAGCAGUAGUUUCCAGGAGGAUGGCGGCCAUCAAGGCGCUGCAGCAGUGGUGUAAAAUCCAGUGCACUGGCUACAGAGACGUGGAUAUAAUCAACAUGACCACCUCAUUCAGAGACGGACUGGCUUUCUGCGCUCUUAUCCACAAAUUCAGACCUGACCUCAUAAACUUCGAGUCCUUGAGUAAGGACAAUGUGUAUGACAACAACUGCUUGGCAUUUCGUGUGGCUGAGGAUCAUCUGGGGAUUCCAGCUCUCCUGGAUGCAGAGGACAUGGUGGCUCUUCCCGUCCCAGACCGGCUCAGCAUUCUCACUUACGUCUCGCAGUACUACAACUACUUCACCGGUCGCUCACACGUGGGAGGAGUUGGAGGUGUCAAACGGCCGGCAGAAGACUCAAAAGAGGAGCCAUCAGAAAAGAAGAAUCUCCCCAUCACUGCCAAAACGUACAGCCCAAAGACACAUCCAGUGUCUUCUUCUGUCUCCUCCAAAGCUGCUCAAACCCGUCCACUGUCACAUUUCAUUCAGACCAGUAGCUCAAACAAACAUGUCUCAGCCACUCCGACACAGCAGUGUGCCCUGUCCAAAAACAUCAAAAUGGCCUCUCCAGGCACUGAUUCACCAUCCACAGUGAAAACCCCAGGCAGGACCGCUGAGCAGACCGUUUUAGUCGAGAGCUCCAAUAAAACUGGCACCCUGAACAGUAAGUGUGCAGUGUGCAGGAGUCACGUUCACUUGGUUCAGAGACACCUAGUGGACGGGAAACUGUACCACAGGAGCUGCUUCAAGUGCUGUGAAUGUUCAGCUGCUUUACAGUCCGGGGCAUAUACCUCUGGCCAACAGCCUGGCACACUGCGCUGCUCUUCAUACGGCUGUUCUCAGAAAAGCCUUAAGUCUUCAGCUAAGCAUUGUGGGUCGGAUACGAUUGGACUCGAACCUGAGAGUGGAAGUGGGCCAUCACCUCAGCAGCAUUCCUCAGUUCUGACCAGCGCUGUUAAAACUGUUCCCAGAUCAGUUCAGCCAACUCCGGCUCCAGAGCCAUGGACUGCUUCAGCACUAAGGACUCAAGCUGCCAGGCACAGGUUUUUCCUUUCUGCCUCAGAGGCUUCUACUACCCAGAACAUCAUUGUACCAAAGUGUGAAGUAGAGAAGGAGCGGGCGCAGGCAUUGAUCUCUCAGAAAUUGGCCGAAGGAAACUGCAACAAUAAUAACAAAGCUUAUGGCUGUGGGCUCAGUCCAGACAACAAAUCUGUUGAAGUCCUCAGCUCAGAGCAGGAGACAUGUGGUUCAGGCACAGAAGUCAAAGCUGAACAUUUCAGUAUUUCUCUCACCAACACCAGCAGCAUGGAGUCCCUGUGGCUGAGUGACAUAAACAAAGAGCACACUAGACCUCCCUCCUCUUCCCUCUUCAUCGCCAGAGCCAAAGAUGUGGGGAGCUGUGAAGACCCAAAGCUGAAGACGGCUUCAAAUGAACCAGGACUAAAAACAUUCGCUGAAGAUAAUGGCGUGACUCCUGAAGAAAACAAAAUCAUCUGCCGUGAUAACCAGCUGAGUCACCAGUACACUUCAUCUGUGCCAGGCUUCCAGACCACAAACAUUGUUCAUCUUGCUGAAUUGUACACUCAUAAAUCUCCAGGCACGGACUCUGCUGUCUCAGGCUCUAAAUCCGAGAGUUCCUCAGUGAGCUCAUCACCCAGACGUACACUGCCAUGUACAGAUCAACACCAUGGAGGCCUGGCUGAAUCUAGUUGUAUAUCAGGAAAUUACAAAUCCUGUCCAUCCCACCAGCCUCUAGUGGAUGACAGUAUCUCCUUGAGACCUUCUGCUAUACAGCCAAGAUCCUCUGACUUUGCAGAACAAGCUGAAAAUGGAAGUGUGCCAUUCGAGAACAGUUCACAGCCUGAAACUAAGCCACUCACAAUCAAGUCUCGCCACAUCCCGAUUGAGCAGAUCACUAAGGAGCUGCAGGAAAUUGAGAACAGCCUGAGUGAUUUGGAGAAAGCGGGAAUUGACCUGGAGAGAAGACUCCGCAUCUGUGAGGAAGAGGGUAGCGGGGACAUUCUGGUGGAUCCGUUGAUGGUGGACUGGUUCAACCUGAUUCGGAAGAAGCAAAGUUACAUACGGAAGGAAUCUGAGCUCAUGUACAUAGCAAAAACUCAAGAUUUAGAGGAGCAGCAGCCAGGAGUGGAAGGAGAGCUCAGGAGACUGAUUAUUAAACCAGAGCAUCUGAAAAGCGCUUCAGAAAGGAAGAGAGAGUCUGAUCUUAUGAAGAAGCUGGUGGAGAUCGUCAACGACAGGAAUGCCAUUGUGGACGGUUUGGAGGAAGACAGACGGAGGGAAGAAGAAGAGGAUCAGCAGCUGAAUGAAAUGAUGCACAGGCUUGAUCUACGGAAAGUGAAAAGCAGGAGGAAGUCGUCCUUCUCGAAGUUGUUCAGACGCAGAAGUAAAAAUGAAGGAAGGAAGGAAGAAUGAUCCAUGAUGAUGAUGAUGAUGAUGAUGAUGAGGAUGAAUGAUGGUGACUCGCUGCAGCAGUCAUGCAACCGCUCGAGUUCUUCGCAAGAACUCUCAGAAGUGUGGCAGGUCAGAUUUUUAUGGUAUUUCUUAAUAUAAAAUAAAUAAAUUCUUAAAUAAUAUAACACAGAACACAAAGUGCCUUGUUUGUACUCCAAGGUUUACAUCACAUCAGACUGCACUCAUCCACAACCUAGAACAUAUAUUUGAUUGUUUUUUUAUUUGUGUGUUUUUUUUUCUUUGUAUUUUGUUUUCUUUACUUAAUGUGCUCUUUGCUUUAUGCAUGUUUUACUCCAUGAGAACGUGAGCUGGUUUGAGAGAUGUUGUGUUUUAAAAGUUAAAAAAAAAAGCGUUUUUUUUUUUUAGUUCUAUGUACACUUACACAAAAAUUAUUAUUAUUAUUAUUAUUAUUAUUAUUAUUAUUAUUAUUAUUUAUAUAUAAAUAUUUUUUACAAAAAUCCCUGUCACUUUUAACAUUAUUGUUACAUAAAAAACUGGCCAAAUGUCUCGUGCAUUUCUAUGAAGCCUCACUUUCCCUCUUGCCCUAAAGGUGGCACUAUAGGCUCACGUGCCCCUCAGAAGAGUAUUUAAAAAACAGAAAAAAAAGAAAGAAAGCACCCUGCACGCAAACACUUCCUCCCUUGCCCAAACUAUAAACUCAUAUUUUGUAAGAAAUAUUAAAUUGAGCUAAAGAUCUGACAUCACUGAAAGUUUUUUUUUUUUUAUUCUAGAGAGACAAAUAAUUAGUUGUGUUUUUGCUUUUUAAAUGCGUUAAACAAGUUUAAUUAUGUGUGGACUGUGGUAACGUGUUCAGAUGAAUUUUCUUUGGUUCCAGAAAGACUUGUGUUGAAGUUAAAGUGUAUGAGGAAUAGUAGAAUAAAUUAUGAAAGAAUAUUUUUUAGUGAUUAAGCCUGCUUUUUAAAAAUAUUUUAACUUUGUGUUUUGCUUGCUUACUGUAAAUAUGUUGUUGUUGUUUAAUUUUUAGUACAUUUCUUUCUUUUUUUUUAAUUACUUGGUAUAAUAAAACUAUAAGACACAUCAUAACAGUUGUUUACUAU